GAUGGGCAGCGGCGGGCGGCUAGUGGCGCUGGGGCUGCUGGUGGCCUCGCUGCAGUGGGCGCCGGGGCAGGGCCAGCCCCGAGGUCUAUUCCCUGCCAUCCUCAACCUGGCCAGCAAUGCCCACAUCUCCACCAAUGCCACCUGCGGGGAGCAAGGGCCGGAGAUGUUCUGCAAGCUGGUGGAACACGUCCCGGGACGGCUGCUGCGCAACGCCCAGUGCCGCGUCUGUGACCAUAACAGCGCCAAUCCCAAAGAGCAACACCCAAUUUCCAGUGCUAUUGACGGUACCAAUAACUGGUGGCAAAGUCCCAGCAUUCAGAAUGGGAGGCAGUACCACUGGGUCACCAUCACCUUGGAUCUCAGGCAGGUCUUUCAAGUUGCAUAUGUCAUCAUCAAAGCUGCUAAUGCUCCACGACCUGGAAACUGGAUUUUGGAACGCUCUGUCGACGGCACAGAGUUCAGACCAUGGCAAUACUAUGCAAUUAGUGACACAGAAUGUUUAACUCGUUAUAAUAUUACCCCAAGAAUUGGGCCUCCUACGUACAAGAGAGAUGAUGAAGUGAUCUGCACCUCCUACUAUUCCAGACUAGUUCCUCUGGAACAUGGAGAGAUUCACACGUCAUUGAUCAACGGUAGACCUAGUGCUGAUGAUCCUUCACAAAAACUUUUGGACUUUACUUCUGCACGGUACAUCCGCCUACGGCUGCAGCGUAUUAGAACCCUUAAUGCUGACCUUAUGACUCUCAGCCAUCACGAUCCUAAAGAACUAGAUCCCAUUGUGACCAGAAGGUACUACUAUUCAAUAAAGGACAUCUCUGUUGGUGGUAUGUGCAUUUGUUACGGCCAUGCUCGAAGCUGUCCACUGGAUGAAAUCACAAAGCAAUUGCAGUGCCAGUGUGAACACAACACAUGUGGAGAGAGCUGUAAUAAGUGCUGUCCUGGGUACCAUCAGAAGCCAUGGAGACCAGGAACCAUUUCUGCUGGGAACAAAUGUGAGAAGUGCAAUUGUCAUAACAAAGCAGAAGAUUGUUAUUACAACCAGAGUAUUGCAGAUCAGAAAAGGAGCAUAAAUAUUCACGGCCAGUAUAUAGGAGGUGGCGUCUGUUUAAACUGUACUCAACAUACUACUGGUAUCAACUGUGAAAUGUGUGCUGAUGGAUAUUUUAGACCACACAAAGUUUCUCCCUAUGAGGAUCACCCCUGCUUCCCCUGCGGCUGCGACCCCUUCGGGUCCCUGAGUCCUCGCUGCGUCAAAGACGAGCUCCAUUCGGACGCGCAGCGCGGGACUUGGCCAGGUCAGUGUGAAUGCAGAGAAGGUUACACAGGAGAAAAAUGUGAUCGAUGUGCAUUUGGGUAUCGGGGCUUCCCUCACUGCCUGCGAUGUAACUGCAGCCUGGUUGGUAGCAUUAAUGAAGAUCCAUGCACAGAACCUUGUCUUUGCAAAGAAAAUGUAGAAGGUGAAAACUGUGACCUCUGUAAACCGGGAUUCUACAAUUUGCAAGAAAGAAAUCCUCAAGGCUGCACAGAAUGUUUCUGCUUUGGGGUUUCUGAUGUCUGUGACAGCCUAACAUGGCCCAUCAGUCAGGCAUCAGAUAUGACUGGGUGGCUGGUUACUGAUCUGUAUAGCACAAAGAGCGUGCAGCCUCAGCGAAGCCAGUUUGAUGGACCCCAUCAAAUAAGUAUCAACAACACUGAGGCUGUGAAAGUACUGAAACACACCUAUUACUGGUCAGCACCUGAGCCAUAUCUGGGAAAUAAACUGACAGCUUUUGGUGGAGAUUUGAAGUAUACGGUAUCUUAUGACAUUCCAAUGGAGAGCGUCGACAGUGAUAUAGUAUCUAGCGUGGAUGUCAUCGUUCAGGGCAAUGGACAGGUUUUGAGUACGAGAGCAGCAGGCUUGUCCUUGCAGCCGUAUGAGGAGUAUUCUAACGCUGUGAGAUUUGUAUCGGAGAAUUUCAUAGACUUCAAUACAAAAAAAGCGGUGGACAGGGAAAGGUUGAUGACUGUUCUAGUAAAUGUAACCCAUCUUCUGAUCAGGGCUAACUACAAUAUUGCCAAAAAAGCGGUGUACAGGCUGGACUCUGUGACCCUGGAUACUGCAAGUGCAAAUGUUAUAGACCUUUCUUCAGCACCAGAUGUGGAAUUCUGUGAAUGUCCUCAAGGCUACACAGGAAUAUCCUGUGAGUCCUGUCUCCCUGGGUACUACCGUGUGGAUGGAAUACUCUUUGGGGGUAUUUGUCAACCCUGCAAAUGCAAUGGGCAUGCAAGUGAAUGUGAUAUUCAUGGUGUUUGCUUUGCUUGUCAGCACAACACGACAGGACCUUUCUGCGAUCAGUGCUUGCCUGGCUUCUAUGGACAUCCAUCCCAAGGAACUCCUGAGGACUGCCGGCCCUGUGCCUGUCCUCUGAGCUCUGCUACAAACAAUUUCAGUCCUACUUGCCUGCUGAGUGAAGGAGGUGAAAUUGUCUGUGACAAAUGUCUUUCAGGCUAUACUGGUUCUCAGUGUGAAAGAUGUGCUAAUGGUUACUACGGGAAUCCACUGGUGCCUGGGCAGUCGUGUGUUCCCUGUGAAUGCAACGGCAAUGUAGACCCUGAAGAGGAUGGCCACUGUGAUGCUGUCACCGGACAGUGCCUGAAGUGUGUGGGGAACACCGGUGGUCACCACUGUGAAAGGUGUGCUGAUGGGUAUUAUGGAGAUGCAAUGAUUGAGAAAAGCUGUCGUGCCUGUGAGUGCCACGUGAAUGGUUCCCUUUCCAGUAUCUGUCAUCAUGAGACUGGCUUCUGUCAGUGCAAGUCAAAUGUGAUCGGACAAAGAUGCGAUAAGUGCUUGAGUGGUUAUUAUGGUCUGCUUACUGGACUUGGCUGCGUUCCCUGCAACUGCAGUCAGCUUGGCUCAGUCUCGGAGGCCUGUGGUGAUGGGGGACAGUGUCACUGCGUACCAGGAGUGGCUGGAGAAAAGUGCGAUCGCUGCGCUCACGGCUUUCACGCGCUCCAGGAUGGGGGCUGCACGCCUUGCGACUGUGCUCAUACUCAGAACAACUGUAAUGCAGAUUCUGGUCAAUGCAUUUGUCCCCCUCACACUCAGGGACCAAAAUGUGAAUUCUGUGAAGAAAAUCACUGGGGACUCUAUCCUGAGCUUGGCUGCAAGGCUUGCAACUGCAGCGGCAUUGGUUCAACCAGUCUCCAGUGUGAUGUAUUGACUGGUCAGUGCCCAUGCAAAGCUGAGUUUGGAGGACAAGACUGUUCCAGGUGUGCAUUAGGCUACAGGGAUUACCCAGAUUGUGUUGCCUGCAACUGUGACUUGAGUGGAACCAAAGUGGAGAUGUGUGAUAAUGCUGAAGGACUCUGUGGUUGUGAAGAAGAAACUGGCAUCUGUAUCUGCAAGGAAAACGUAUUUGGGCUACAGUGCAGCGAGUGCAAACCUGGAACUUUUGCUCUGUCAGCUAGCAAUGCACUGGGGUGUACUCCGUGCUUCUGCUUUGGGAUGUCCACGUUUUGUUCGGAAGUAGAAGACCACGUGAGAAUUCCUAUAACCUUAACUCCAGAUCAGUCCAUUCUGCGUGUAGUAUCUCAAAGUAACCUGACUGGAACAGUGGAAGGUGUAUUUUCUCAAUUUCCUGAUGUCUUACUGGAUGCUGCUAUUGUUAGAAAUUAUUUAAAUACAGAAGCAUUUUACUGGAGGUUACCAGAGCAGUUUCAGGGAGACCAGCUCAUGGCCUAUGGAGGGAAGCUGAAGUACACUGUUGCUUUUUACGCUUUGGAUGGCUUUGGAACCUCAAAUUUUGAGCCACAGAUUCUAAUCAAAGGGGGUCACACCAGCAAAUUCGUCAUCUAUGUAGACAUCCCUUCUCCAGAAAAUGGAGUAAGAAGUAAUAAGGAAGUAGAAAUGAAGGAGGAUUCUUGGAAAUAUUUUAACUCUGUGUCUGACCAACCCGUCUCACGUUCUGAUUUCAUGUCGGUGCUAAGCAAUAUUGAUUAUGUCCUUAUCAAGGCAGCCUAUGGCCAAGGAUUACAGCAAAGCAGAAUUGCAAACAUCUCAAUGGAAAUUGCAGUGAAAUUUGAAGAGAUGCAUGUAGGCAGAGCUAGAGCUCAUCAUAUAGAGCAAUGUAGAUGUCCUGUUGGUUAUGCUGGAUUCUCCUGUCAGAGCUGUGCUCCAGGAUACUAUAGGGGGAAACAUACAGAACUCAGUGUAAAGGAGCCUCAUGCUCUGAUAGCACCUUGUAUGCCAUGUCAGUGCAACAACCACAGUGAAACAUGUGAUCCGGAAACUGGAAAGUGCUUGGACUGCAGAGAUAACACAGUUGGUGAUUACUGCGGUGCUUGUGCCCCAGGCUACUACGGCAAAGUAAUUGGAUCUGUCAAGGACUGCUCUCUUUGUGCCUGUCCCAGAGCCAACCCUGUUAGUUUUAGUCCCACUUGUGUCCUGAAAGACGUUCACGAUUACCACUGUGAUGCUUGUCUCCCAGGAUAUGAAGGGCAGUACUGUGAGAGGUGCUCCCCGGGGUAUUACGGUGACCCUCAGGUUGCCAACGGCAGCUGCCAGCCAUGUCAGUGCAAUCCAGGUGGUUCUGCUCACGUUAACUGUGACCGGGCCACCGGUCAGUGCCUCUGUAAGCCGGGUGUGACAGGACGCCUCUGUGAGGAGUGUGAACCAAGGCAUCUUCUGGUGGAAAACGAGUGCAUCUCUUGUGAUGACAACUGCACAGGCGUUUUGUUAGACAAUUUGGAUGAUCUUGGCAAAGAAAUACUUUCAGUGAACCUCACUGGUGUUGUCCGUGCACCCUAUGGGAUAUUGUCAGAGUUGGAGAAUGUCACAAAACAUCUGAAGGGGUCUAUAGUUCCUAGAGAAGAUCCAACUUUCUUACUAGCUAGAGCAAAAGAAACUCUUUUGAAUUUAUCAGGAGGCCUUGAUCAGCUGCAAGAAGGGUCGGCUAGAAUUUUGAAAAAAGCUUGGCAACUUAACACAAUGACUCAGGAAACCAGGAAUAAAAGUCAAGAACUGACUGGAUUUAUUGACACAGUGAAUGCAGCCAUCAAAGUACUUGGUGAGGUGGCUCUGUCGCUAAAUGAAACAUUGGGUCUGGAUCUCCCGCUGUCAAAUGCUACAUCUCAGAGACUGCAGGAUGAUAUCUCUGCCAUGCUGGAUACAAUGCGCAGGAAGGAUUUUGUUCAACAGCAUCAUAAUGCUACCAACAUCCUAAAAGCUGCGGAGAGGUUAUUGCUCCAGGUUCGGAAAGAGUAUCUUAAACCCCAGCAGGAACUUGCUGAGCUGGGAAAGGAUGUAAGCCAUCUCUUAUCAAAGCACAACAGCAGACUGCUAGAAGUCCAGGAUCUGGUGAAUGAGGCGCUUGCUAACAUCAACGAGACCAACCGCUUGUUUCCUCUUAUCUCUAGCAACAUAGGGCACCUAAAUGACAAAAAGCUCCACAUAAAGGAAGGUAAAGAAGUUUGCACCAUGCUCAUUAAAGAAGGGAAAGUCCUAGUGAAUGCUGCUGCUGCUUUUGCCAAAGAUGUAAAGAACUCUACAUCUAACCUGGAGGCUCACCAGGAUGGACUGGUCCUAUGGAGUACCAAACUGCGGCACCACGUCGACAAGCUGGUCAUGCAGAUGUCCAUGCGAGGAGUGCUGGACCUGGUGUACCGAGCCGAGGACCGUGCUGCCCAGGUCCAAAGACUUGCCAAUACACUAGAAAGUGACCUCUCUAAAGUAAGAAAUAUGACUUUGAAUGCAACUGCUGCUGUCUACACCCACUCCAGUAUUAAAAGUGUGAUUGAAAGAACAGAGAUUUUGGCAGAUGAUGCUUCUAGAGUUGUGAACGGCCCUUUGGACUUAUUACCUUCUCGACUGAAAUAUCCAUGGCAGCCGGUCCUGCUGACUGGUACACAUGGUAUCAUGAACCAGUCCCCUGAGCCAGAGGAUUCUUUCGGUCUUCUUGGAAAAGAAGCUCUACUGCUUAGCUCCAAAUUUCUGAAUGAAGCUAAAAAUCUGAAGAAAAAAAGUGAUGGAAAGUCACAGCUAUUUCUUCCAACAGGCCUUUUAUCUGGAUUGAAUGAAUUGAACAAAAGGGUAGAAAAGAUUCAGGAAAGUACUAAUAAAAUUGUCAACCAGCUUAAUGAUUCCCUGUUGACACUAAGAGCAUUGCCGAAUGAUACAAAGAAAUAUAUACUUGAGGUGAAAGAGCUGGCAGUGUCUGCAAACACCAGUGCUGUGGUGGGUUCAAGCCGCUUUGGAGAUUUCAGUCAAAAACUGCUGAAUACUUCUUCUAUGUUGUCCCGGGUUAAUGACACAUUGCGGAAAACUAGUGAACUUAUAACUGAUUCAUCAAAAGCUGCAACUACAGCUGAAAAACAAGUUAAAGAGAUCGAAGCACAAGCCAGCCUUUUAUUUGAUAGGCUGAAACCUCUGAAAAUGCUAGAAGAGAACCUGAGCAGAAAUCUCUCUGAGAUUAAAGAGCUCAUCAGCCAGGCCCGCAAGCAGGCAGCAUCUAUUAAAGUUGCAGUAUCAGCAGACAGAGACUGCAUUCGUGCCUACCAACCCCAGAUUUCAUCUACGAAUUACAACACCUUAACCCUCAAUGUGAAAACUUCCGAACCAGAUAACCUCCUUUUCUACCUGGGUAGCAAUGGAAAGACAGACUUCCUUGCAGUGGAGAUGCGACGUGGUAAGGUUGCUCUUCUUUGGGAUUUGGGCUCUGGAUCAACAAGAGUGGAAUAUCCUGAUUUUCCAAUUGACAACAACAAAUGGCACAGGAUACAUGCAACCAGGUUUGGAAAAACAGGUACGCUGAGCAUAGAGGAAAUGAACUCCGAUCAGGAGCCUUCAUCUAAAUCUGGAACCUCACCUGGGACAGCCAGCAUACUGGAUGUUAACAAAUCAACACUAAUGUUUAUCGGAGGACUUGGAGGGCAAAUCAAGAAAUCACCUGCUGUUAAGGUGACCCAUUUUAAAGGGUGCAUGGGAGAGGCAUUACUGAAUGGCAAAUCUAUUGGUCUUUGGAACUACUUGGAAAGAGAGGGCAAGUGCAAUGGAUGUUUUGGAAGCCCACAGGAUGAGGACACUUCAUUCCAUUUUGAUGGCAGUGGAUACUCAAUCGUGGAGAAGGCACAACGCUCAACAGUGACUCAAAUAAUAAUGUUUUUCAGCACCUUCUCCCCUAAUGGGCUCCUUCUGUAUCUUGCUUCAAAUGGCACUAGAGAUUACCUGUCGCUUGAGCUUGUGGAUGGCAAAGUGAGACUGACUGUGGAUCUAGGCUCAGGACCCCUUGCUCUUACAACAGAAAAUCGUUACAACAAUGGAACGUGGUAUAAAAUUUCAUUCAGUCGUAACAAGAAACAAGGAAUUUUAGCAGUCAUGGAUGCAUACAACCUUAGCUACAGGGAAACCAAGCAAGGAGAGUCUCCUGGGGUUGCCUCAGACCUGAACCGCUCUGAUAAGGACCCAAUUUUUGUUGGUGGUCUGCCGAGGUCAAGGGCUGUACGGAAAGGUCUUAAUAGCAGAAUGUAUGUGGGAUGCAUCAAGAAUCUGGAAAUAUCCCGUUCAACAUUUGACUUGCUUAGAAAUUCAUAUGGUGUAAGAAAAGGCUGUGUACUGGAGCCUAUUCGUAGCGUGAACAUCUUGAACAAUGGAUAUAUUGAGCUGGCGCCUAAGUCCCUAAGUCCAGAAUCAGAACUGAUGGCGACUUUUGCUACAAAGAACAGCAGUGGUGUCAUCUUAGCUGGACUCAGCAGGGGGCUGGAGAAGCGACAGCGCAGACAAGCACAUUUGCCCUUCUUUUGCAUCAUGCUGAUUGAUGGUCAUCUUGCAGUGCAUGUUAAUGCUGGAGAUAGAGCAAGUACUAGAAAAGUGAUUCUUCAGUCUGCUAAUGGAACAUACAGUGAUGGACAGGAACACUCUGUCAUCCUAAUCCGGAAUAAGAGGAUCAUAACAGUACAGGUGGAUGAAAGUAACCCGGCAGAGCUAAAGCUUAGUUCAUCAGUGGAAAUGAGCCCCCUGAAUAUUUCCAACUUCUAUGCUGGUGGUAUUCCAGAGGAAGAGGGUGUUUUAGGACUAAAAAUGGCUGGUUCCUUUCAUGGCUGUAUCAGCAAUCUCAUUUUUAACAAGGAGUUUUUGGAUUUCACUACUUCCAUGAGGUAUGAACAUGUGAAUAUGGACAGCUGCUUUCUCUCAGGGAAGCCCAAACCAGCUAUACAGCCAGAAGACACUGAGAUUCAACCUGAACUUCAGGCUUUGCCAGUAGUUUGUGCAAAAGAUGAGAUACCUGAUCAUGUUCAAGGUGCCCAUCAGUUUGGACUUGCCAAAGGCAGCCACUUAACACUGCUCUUCAGUCAGUCUACAGUAAGGAAGAAGCUUUCAGUCCAGUUGAAUCUCAGAACAUUUGCCUCCAGUGGCCUGAUUUACUACAUGGCUCACCAGAAUCAAGUUGAUUAUGCAGCCCUACAGCUUCAUGGGGGCCAGCUCUAUUUCUCAUUUGAUUUAGGCAAGGGAAAAGCAGUAGCUUUUCAUCCUGCUGUUAUCAGUGAUGGAAAAUGGCAUACGGUGAAGACAGAAUAUGUUAAAAGAAAAGGUACAAUCAUCGUGGAUGGAAAGGAGUUGAUAGCAGUCAGUGCUCUGGGCGAUGGUAGCACUUUGGAUGUGGAGGGAAAGCUCUAUGUGGGAGGACUCCCCUUGGAUUAUGUGGCAAAGAAUCUUGGGAAUGUGACUCACAGUAUUCCCGCCUGCAUUGGCAGCGUGACAAUUAACAGCAGGCGGCUGGACAAGGAGAGCCCUGUCUCCAUCUUCGCUGUGAAUAAAUGCUAUGAGACAGUGCAGGAAGGCACGUUCUUUGACGGGACUGGCUUUGCUGCCCUCGUCAAAGGAGGUUACAAAGUGCGGUCUGACGUGAACAUCACGCUCGAGUUUCGUACCACCGCGGUGCAUGGCGUUCUCCUUGGGAUCAGCAGCGCUAAAGUCGAUGCCGUGGGACUGGAGAUCGUAAAUGGAAAGGUUUUAUUCCAUGUUAACAAUGGAGCUGGCAGAAUAACAGCCACAUACGAACCACGAGUUGCAAAUAGCUUGUGUGAUGGAAAAUGGCACAAGCUUCAAGCAAACAAAAGCAAACAUCGUAUUGCACUGAUAGUUGAUGGGAAUUUGGUUCAAACUGAUAAUCCCUACAUCCAGUCAACAUCUGCAGAUACAAACAACCCCAUUUAUGUUGGAGGCUAUCCUGCUGAUGUGAAGCAAAACUGUCUGACAAGCAAGAGCUCGUUCCACGGCUGCUUGAGGAACCUCAUGCUGACCAAGAGCCAGCAGGCAGAGCUGUUUGACUUCAGCAGCGCUUUUGACCUGCGUGGAGUCUUUCCUCAUUCCUGUCCGGGGGCUGAGCACUGAACUGCCUCAAAGCCUUCCCGAAUUGAGAGAGGAUUUUUUGUUAUCUGUUAUUUUUCACUCUCAUUUGUUAAUGAAAAGAAGUUUUUGGUGAGAGCUUUUGUCUCUCUGAUUUUCUGGUUGUUUUCCAGCUCAGGUCAUUUUUUUUUUAGUCAGAAGCUCUAUGUUUGCAUUUAACUAAAAAAUUUUGAACAACAAAUACCUCUACUACAAUGUUAACAGCA